UGUUCUUCUUCCUCCUCACGGCCAUCUUUGGCGUGAACGCAACCUUCUUCCCUAAUCUAUUUAAACCCACCAAGUAGGCGCAAACUGGAACCAAGAAGGUGAAAGAUCAGAGCCCAUGCAGCACAAACCAAUUAGGCAAGAGAGAGAUAUAUAUACACAGAAAUAAAGCUGAGAACACGUGAUCAUGGAUUCUACACAAAGUAGACUUAGAGUUCUGAUGCUGCCAUGGUUGGCCCAUGGUCACAUAUCACCAUUCCUAGAGCUCUCCAAGAGGCUUACUGAGAGAAACUUUCACAUAUACUUCUGUUCCACACCUGUCAACCUCAGUUCUAUUGAACCAAAACUUUCUGACAAGUACUCUCUUUCUAUACAUCUUGUGGAACUCCCUCUUCCAUCCUUGCCUGAGCUUCCUCCUCAUUACCACACAACCAAAGGACUCCCACCCCACCUCAAUACCACCCUCAAAAGAGCCUUUGAUAUGGCCAGCUCUACCUUCUCCAGCAUCCUCAAGACUCUAGAUCCAGAUCUUCUUAUUUAUGAUUUUCUUCAGCCUUGGGCACCAGAAAUCGCUUCCUCCCUGAAUAUACCGGCUGUUAACUUUUUUUGUUCCGGAGCGGCCACGAUUUCUUUUGUGUUUAACGCCAUGAAGAACCCCGGUGUUGAGUUUCCUUUCCCGGAAAUUCAACUUCAUGACUAUAUGAAAGCAAGGUUCGUCGAUUCGCCCAAUGAAGAUCACUCUAAUUCAAGUGAGGAUGAUGAUCACCACGUUAAUGACAUAGAUCGGGCUCUUAAAACUUUCGAGCGAUCUUCUAGAAUCGUUCUGAUGAAGACUUUUGAAGAACUUGAGGGGAAGUAUAUGGAUUUCCUCUCUCGUUUAAUUGAAAAGAAGAUUGUGCCAGUUGGUCCACUUAUUCAACUUCCAGUCCCUGCAGAUGAUCAUGAUGGGAAAUCCAAAAUCAUUGAAUGGCUUGACGAGAGAGAACUGUGUUCAACCGUGUUCGUUUCCUUUGGCAGUGAGUACUUUUUGUCAAAGGAAGAAAUGGAAGAGAUAGCUUAUGGGCUUGAGCUGAGUAAGGCGAACUUCAUAUGGGUUGUGAGGUUUCCUGAGGGAGAUAAAAUAAAGCUGGAAGAGGCACUUCCGGAGGGGUUUCUUGGAAGGGUAGGGGAGAAAGGAAUGGUUGUUGAGGAUUGGGCACCUCAAGUACAGAUACUGAGGCAUUCCAGCAUAGGUGGGUUUGUGAGUCAUUGUGGGUGGAGUUCGGUAAUGGAGAGCAUAGAUUUUGGGGUUCCAAUUGUUGCCAUCCCCAUGCAACUUGAUCAACCAUUGAAUGCUAGAGUGGUGGAGGCGGCUGGUGUAGGUGUGGAAGUUAAGAGAGACAGAGAUCAUGGGAAGCUUGAAAGAGAAGAGGUUGCAAGAGUGAUCAAAGAGGCGGUGAUGGGGAAGAUUGGGGAGAAUGCAAGGAAGAAAGAAAGAGAUAUGAGAGACAAUCUGCGAAGGAAAGGAGAGGAGGAGAUGGACCGGGUGGCUGAUCAGCUAGUCCACUUGUUUGGAACAAAUUAAUUAAAAUUAAGGUGUCAAUACUGUCACCGGUGCUGCUCUUGGUUAAUUAAUUUAUGGAUUUUCUUCAACUUUUUAUUUUAAUUUGAAGGUCUAAAAUGGGAGAGACAUAUGUACCUAUAAAAUAAAAUGCGAUAUAUAUAUUGUGAUUUUUAAUUUUCA